AUGCUGGAACGCCGCCGCGCGACGCUCGACGCCUGGCUCAAAGCCGCGGCCGCGGCCGCGCCGCGCGAAGAGGUCGACCGGUUCCUCGCGCGGCCGCGGCGGAGCGCGGCCGAGGCGCGCGAGCCGGCAACAAAGCCGCCCGCGCCAAAGCCCGCGCCCAAACCGGCGGCGGUCGCGCCGGAGCCGCCGCCGCCGCCGCCGCCGAGGACGACGGCGUCGACGGCGGCGGCGGCGGCGCUAUGGACGCUGCUGGCCGUGACGACGCUGGCGUUGGGACCCGAGGCGGGCGUGGCGUGCGCGGCGGCGGCGCUCCUGGGUUCGAGGGCCUUCGCGGCGAGCGCAGCGCCCGCCGCCGUCGAGCCGUCGCGGGAGGACCCGUCGGACGGAGCGGCGAAGAUCGCCGACGAGGCGGUCGAGGCCGCCGACGCGCCGAAGAAGACGAAGGCCUUGCUGCUCGAGGAGGAGGACGAGACGCGGUCGCCCGAGCUGAAGGCGCUGCGGAUCUUCGUCGUGAAGACGUACCUCGGCGGCGCGCCCAUACCGCUGGCCCUGAACGACGACAACUGGCUCCAGGCAGCGCUCCAGGGCCUCCUGAACCGCGCGGACCGCCACGAGGAGUGGGCCAAGUGGAAGGUCUGGUUCGCCAUCGAGUACCGGAACAAGGCCGCGGCCGCGGACGCGGGUCCGACGCGCGUCGUCGACGCGCGCCUCGCGCGCGUCAUCGAGGACGAGGCGGGCACCGACGUGUCCAACGCGGACAUGCCGCUCCUGACGAGCGAGCGCCUCGCCCGCGCGGGCCGCACGCUCCGCGAGGGCGGGCUCUACAUCUACGGCCGCGACGCGGACCAGCGGCCGGUCGUCUGGUGCCGGUCCGCGAAAAUCGACAUGCGCGGCCUCGGCCGUGCGGGCGUCAAGGACUGGGUCGACGCCGUCGCGAGCCUCUUCGAGCUCUGCUGCCUCGCGUCCAACGGCCGCCCCAAGUACGGCUUCACCUACAUCGAGCACUCCGGCGACGAGGCGAGCCGCAUCCCGGCGUGGACGGGGCUCCGCGUCGUGCGCGGCGCUGUCGAGAUGGGGCUCAAGGGCUUCCCCGAGCGCGGAAACUCGUUCACGACGCUCAACGCGUCCCGCAUCAACCGCGUGCUCUUCGCGCUGGCGGCGCCCUUCAUGUCGCCGCCGCUGCGCGCGCGCAUGUUCCUCCUCCCCGGCGGCGCCGACGCGACGGAGCGCGCCGCGGAGAUCCUCGGCGGCGCGCACAAGGUCCCCGACUUCCUCGGCGGCCCGCGCGCGCACGUCCUCCCCCGGACCGCGGACGGCGACGUCGACUUCGUCGAGCUCGUCGACCGCCUGCGCAAGGAGACUUAA